AUGAUAGACAACACCAAAGUUGUCAUUUAUGAUUAUGAUGUUCAAAUUGGCGAGACAAGCCUGGAUUCAACCUCUCUCAACAUUUCAUUAGGAGCAUCUCAUAAGCUCAAUAUGGAGUUGCUAAGUUUGGAUGCUGGUGAACAUAUUUUGUACUUAAUCCCUCGCUACAACAAUGGAUCUCAUGUGUCAUUAACACACAUCAAUGCGGAUGUGCGUCUGUUGCCAAAGACAGAGUCGCGUAUUAUCAAGAGAUGGAACAGCAUUGAAGGCGGCAGCGCGGAUACCGCGGAUGCAUCUUUUAACGCCAUUGUUGAAUGGACAAUUGAUCCUGAACAAGAUGAAAACGAUGAUUACAAGCAUGAAAAAGAGCACGAUGAUGACGAUGACGAAGACGACGAAGAUGAUGAGGGUGAUGAGGAGGAUGAGGGUGAUGAGGAGGAUGAGGAGGAUGAUGAAAAAUCCUGGAAAUGGGACAACGGCUCAGGUUGGAAAUUGCAGCCCAAGAAAUAUAGACUGCACAAUAGGAUUGUCAAGGUCUUUGUUCCUGCAACUGUUUGCCCAGUCCCCCCGUUACUCAGCAUCGUUCCUUUCAUAUCACCCACCAGUUCUGCACCUAUCUUUCUCAAUUCAGAAUCAUCAUCCAGCUCUAGCACCAUUGAAUCCUCCACGUCAUCUACAAUAACCAACCCCAUCAGCUCCUCCUCGACUCCAAAUCCUACGCCUGCAUCUUUGCAAUUGCCCUCAUUUGUAAUCACUCCUAGUUCUAGUUCGUCCACUACAGACCAUCCUGAAUCCAUUAUCGAGAAGGUGAUUACCCGUACCGAAACCAUUGAAGGCAACGUAGUAACAGUGAUUGAAGAACGCAGCAUUACAGUAACGAAUACCGAAGAAAUCACUGUGCCCGUAGAAAGAGCCAUCAACAGCACUGAGAAGGAAACUAUCGUUGCCAACACCAUCACAUUUACUAUCGAUACAGUUACACAGCCAGGACAGACAUUGACUCAAGCAGGCGCUACCGAAACUGUUGCUGGUGCCACUGUGACAGUAGCGGGCUCUCCCGUUACCUAUGUUGCUCUCACAGAAACUGUGCAAGGUCCUGGUAAAACGCUCGCCAAAUUCAUUCUGCAGCAGACGACCAAGACCACUGUGCUGACACAAAUCAAUGACCUUGUCACCGUGACUCAGACACAAAUCAGCCCAGUGUAUGAAACUAUGUAUGGCUCAACAUCCACUCGAACUGAGAAUGUUAUUGUUACAGUCAUCCGCCCUACUACUACCACUGUUACAUUUAUGUAG